GGAGGGACUUAACAGCUGGACUUACUGUAUAUUUGAUGAGGGAGCAGAGAGCACCUCUGAGACGUUGCGAGCGCUUCACGGUCGCAGUGUCUCUCAUUCCAGCUGAGACUGAAUGUUAACAAGUGAAGAGCUCCAGCUGAUUCGGGGAACGAGGAGUUGCAAGGCCGUGAGGCUUUGACCACAAAAGCCUGUUUAUCCUUAUCCUGAGUCUUGGAGAGGCUGGCAGUGCCUGAGGAUCUGAGGCUACACACAGACUCUCAAGGAAACUCACAGCCCUUCAGGUCAAGAUGGAUUCCAACAUUAGGAACGGUGAGGUGAAUCAAAAUAGCAACACAGAAGUCCAUGGACCUGUGGCUGGCAUAUUUCUGGAGAAGACGAAGGAGAAGAUGACCAUUUAUCAAGCCAUGAAAAAACGCUUGCUUAAGCCAGGAACAGCAUUAGCCCUGCUUGAAGCACAAGCUGCCACAGUAGGUAUCAUAGAUCCGAUAAAAAACCAAAUGCUUUCUGUAUCGGAUGCUGUUAAAGAGGGCAUAGUUGGGCCAGAGAUGAAAGAGAAACUCAUCUUAGCAGAGAAAUCCGUUAGUGGAUAUGCAGACCCCUACACCAAUGACACAAUAUCUGUAUUCCAAGCUAUGCAGAAAGAUUUAGUCCCACGAGAAUAUGGAUUGAGGCUGCUGGAAGCACAGAUAGCUACAGAAGGUGUGUUUGAUCCUGUGGAGAAGAAAAACAUUUCAGUUGACUCUGCCAUUCAGAAGGGCUACUAUGAAAAAGGUUUGCUCAAUGACCAGAUGUCAGAGAUCAAGGUGUUUUACGAUCCAACUUCACAAGAAAAUCUUAACUACAAAGACCUUCUACAGAAAUGCACUGUGGAGCCUGACACAGGCCUGGUGCUCCUUCCUGUUUUCAUCACCUUCAAAGGUCUUCGAAGAGGCAUUUCCUCUGCUGAACUCCUUCAAUCAAAGAUCAUUGACAAAGAAACAUUCGAUGACCUACAGAAGGGGAAAACAACAACACAGGAUGUGAUGUUGAUGGAAACAGUGAAAGAAUACCUGGAAGGCAAAGGCAGCAUUGCCGGCAUUGCUGUACUCUCAUCCAAUCAGAGAAUGAGCAUUUAUCAAGCCAUGAAGCAAGGCAUACUGAUGCCUGGAACUGCGCUUAUUCUACUGGAGGCACAAGCUGCAACUGGAUUCAUGAUCGAUCCUGUAGAAAAUAAAAAGUACAACGUGGGUGACGCUAUUAAAAACAAACUAGUUGGCCCAGAAUUUCAUGCAAAGCUGCUUUCUGCUGAGCGGGCAGUAACUGGAUACAAAGACCCAUAUUCAGGUGAAACCAUAUCCCUGUUUCAAGCACUGUCAAAAGACCUCAUUGUCAAAGAACAUGGGAUCCGCCUACUGGAGGCACAAAUAGCUACAGGUGGAAUCAUAGACCCAAUCAACAGUCACAGACUUCCCACUGAAGUGGCCUUCAAGCGAGGUUAUUUUAAUGAAGAAAUGAACACCAUUCUAGAGGAUUCAGGGGAUGACACAAAGGGCUUUUUUGACCCAAACACUGAAGAGAAUCUGACCUAUCUCCAGUUGAUGGAAAGGUGUGUCACUGACCCUGUCACUGGACUGUGCCUCCUUCCUCUACAUGAUAAAUCAGGCAUUGUGAAUUUCAGCUUUGUAGAUUACCAAACAAAAAAGGUUUUCAAAGAGGAGAAGGUGAAAGUGAUGUAUGGAAAGUACAUGGGAAUGACGGUGUCUCUGUGGGAACUGCUGAUGUCAGAAUACUUUGAUGAACAGCAAAGGCAAGACAUAUUUCAAAAAUAUCGAGAGGGGAAGCUCAGUAUCAAGAUAAUCAUCACAACAGUUCUGGAAGUCAUAGAAACGUCAGUGAAAACCACUAACGUUACCUUUGAAGGCAUCAGAGAAACUGUAACAGCCCAACAGCUUGUGGAGGCAGAUAUCAUUAGUAAGGAAGUCAUGGAGGACCUGACAAAGGGAAAAAAGUCAGUGAAGGAAGUGGUAGAAGAUGAAAAUGUGAAAAUGUACUUAAAGGGGAAAGACUGCAUUGCAGGUGUCCUGCUUCCUGAUUCCCAAGUCAUGACAAUCUACCAGGCCAGACAGAAAAGACUGCUGAUGCCAGGAACUGCACUGAUUCUACUGGAGGCACAGGCAGCAACAGGGUUCAUUAUUGACCCCAUUGGAAACCGAAAGUUUUCAGUGGAUGAGGCUGUCAAAGCAAAGGUUGUAGGGCCUGAUGUCUGUCAAAAGCUGCGUUCAGCAGAGAAAGCAGUCACUGGAUACAAAGAUCCAUAUGACAACAAAAUAAUUUCUUUGUUCCAAGCAAUGCAAAAAGAUCUCAUCAUAAAGGACCACGGAAUUCGGCUCCUGGAGGCACAAAUUGCAACUGGUGGGAUCAUUGACCCAGUGAACAGCCAUCGCAUUCCUGUCCAUGUGGCCUUUAAGAAAGGGUACUUCAAUGAAGAAAUGAAUCAGAUCCUGGAUGAUCCAAGUGAUGACACCAAAGGAUUCUUUGACCCCAACACCCACGAGAACCUGACAUACUUGCAGCUCAUGGCCAGGUGUGUGACAGAUCCCAGUACAGGUUUGUCCCUCUUACCACUCAAGGGCAAGAGCAACAAAAUUACCAUUGAUAACAGUAUAAGGGAGUCAUUCAAAGCAACAACAGUUACUGUCAAGUAUGGCAGGUUCAAGGGCAAGCACACAACACUGUGGGACCUUAUCAAUUCAGAAUAUUUGUCUGAGGACAAGCGGAAGGAGUUUUUCAAGCUCUUCAAGUCAAGGAAAAUCACAAUUGACCAACUCAUUGUAACCAUUGUCGAAAUCAUUGAGAGUAAGGAGAUAAGACAGCAAGCAGGGCUGAACUUUGAAGGUCUCAGAGGGGAAGUGUCUGUGGCGGAUCUUUUUGAUCUUGAAAUUGUGGAUGAACAAACAUACAACAGCUUGAUUGAAGGACAGAUAGCAAGCACUGAUGUGAUGAAAAUGGAUAGUGUAAGGGCUCAUCUACAAGGGACAAGCUGUGUGGCUGGAGUGAUACUGCAACCCUCCAACAAGAAAUUGAGUAUCUAUGAGGCACAGAAAACUGGCAUUCUCACACCUGGCACUGCACACUGCCUUCUAGAAGCACAAGCAGCAACAGGGUUCAUUGUUGAUCCUCUGGAAAACAAAAAACUUACAGUAGAACAAGCUCUCAGAGAAAAGAUUAUUGGUCCACAGAUGUAUGAAAAGCUUCUAGCUGCAGAGAGGGCUGUCACUGGUUACACAGAUCCAUACACAGGGCAAAAGAUCUCCCUUUUCCAAGCCUUGAAAAAGGAUCUUAUUGUCAAGCAGCAUGGCAUUCGUUUACUUGAGGCCCAAAUUGCUACAGGUGGUAUUAUUGAUCCUUUGAAAUGUCUUCACUUACCCCUGGAAGUUGCAUUCAAGAAGGGAUAUUUUGAUGCAGAACUUAAUCAAAUCCUUACAGACCCAAGUGAUGACACAAAGGGUUUUUUUGACCCAAAGACAAAGGAAAAUCUGACAUACAUGGAGAUGUUGGGCAGAUGUGUAAAAGAUAAGGAAACUGGACUGUUUCUCCUGCCACUGAAUGACACCGUAAAAACUGCAACGAAGGAAAACCUGUAUACCGACACAGAGGUAAAGCAAGAGUUUGAAAAGACACUUGUCACCAUGUCUGUAGGGCGCUAUUCUGGGAAACCAGUUUCAUUAUGGGACUUGAUUCAUUCUAUGUACGUCACUGAAGAUCAACGUCUUGAAUUCAUUGAAAAAUACAGAACAAGGAAGAUGAGCACACAAAGCAUAAUCACAUUAGUGAUUUCCAUAAUUGAAAAACUGGAGAAGAGUGAAACUCCCAAACUGAUAAUGGGCCUGAGAAAGCAUGUCUCAGCACAACAGCUAUUGGAUACUGAAAUCAUUGAUGCAGAAACAUUCAAACAGGUGAAAGAAGGAAAACUCACUCUUGAAGCAGUGACCCAAGGUGACUCUGUGAAAGGAUAUCUAAAAGGAACCGGGAGUAUUGCUGGAGUUACAGUUCAUCCUUCCAAGAAAGUAAUGAGCAUCUAUGAAGCAAGACAGAAAGAUCUCUUGACACCUGGCAUUGCACUUGUACUGCUUGAAGCACAGGCUGCAACUGGAUGGGUCAUUGAUCCUAUCAAAAACAAGUUCUAUACAGUUGAUGAGGCUGCAAAAGAGAAGUUAAUUGGACCGGAUAUUCAUGAGCAACUUCUCUUGGCUGAACGAGCUGUAACUGGCUAUAAGGAUCCAUACACAGAUGCAACAAUAUCAUUGUUUGAAGCCAUGAAUGAACAGCUGAUUCAAAGAAGUGAUGGCCUCCAUCUUCUAGAAGCACAGAUAGCAACUGGAGGAAUCAUUGACCCAGAUCUAAGUCACAGACUACCUGCUCAUGUGGCUAUCAAAAAGGGAUGUUUGGAUGAAGACAUGAAAAAAAUCCUGUUGAGCCCCACUGAUGCUGAAAAGGGAUUUUUUGACCCUAAUACAAAAGAAAAACUCUCCUACCUCCAGCUGAGAAGUCGAUGUGAGAGAGAUCCUGAAACCGGACUUCUUCUCCUACCAGUGAACAAAGAGGAAUCCAGUGUAUUUCACACAGAUGAGCAAGUAGAGCUUGCAUUGAAAAACCAAACUGUUACAAUGAAUGUGGGAACGUUUAACAACAAGGUUGUGACAGUGUGGGAAUUGCUACUGUCUCAAUAUAUUUCAAAACAGAAAAGGGAGCAACUCAUUCAGCAAUACAGGACAGGAGUCAUGAAAAUAGAGGACAUGAUUGAAAUAAUCACUGUUAUCAUUGCAGAGGUAUCAUCCAAAGAAAGAAAGUUCAAAGGACUAAGAAAACAGGUCUCAGCCAGUGAGUUGUUUGAGUCAAAGAUUAUAUCAAAGGACCUGUUCAACCAAAUUGUACAAGGUGAAGUCACUGAAGAAAAUGUUGAUGAAAUGGAAUCUAUUCAAAAAUAUCUUGGAGCAACAAAUUCUAUUGCAGGUGUCCGAGUUGAAUCAACAAAGAAGGUUAUGAGCAUCUAUGAAGCCAAAAGCAAAGGUCUGCUGACUCCUGGUACCUCUCUGGUCCUGCUGGAGGCCCAGGCUGCCACUGGAUUUGUCAUUGAUCCAGUGAACAACAAGAAACUUUCUGUAGAUGAAGCUGUGGCUCAAGGAGUAGUCGGCAGUGAGUGGAAAAACAAACUGCUAUCAGCUGAAAGAGCAGUUACAGGAUACAAAGAUCCCUACACUGGAAACACAAUUUCAUUGUUCCAGGCCUUGAAAAAGGACCUUAUCGUGAAAGAUCAUGGAAUUCGUCUCCUUGAAGCACAAAUUGCAACAGGAGGGAUAAUUGAUCCAGUGCAGAGUCACAGAGUACCUGUAGAGGUGGCAUACCAAAGAGGUUACUUUGAUGAAGAAAUGAACCAGAUUUUGUCUGACCCUGAUGACGAUACCAAGGGCUUCUUUGACCCCAACACUCAAGAGAACCUCACUUAUCUCCAGCUGGUUGAGAGAUGUGUUAGAGAUCCCAUCACAGGCCUUAGCUUACUGGUCAUUGUCAAGAAAGGAGAGUUUUAUUUCUUUGUUGAUGAGGCAACAAAACUCCAUCUGAAAUCUAAAACAACAACAAAAGCAGGAGGGAAAUACCUGGGACAAACAGUAUCUCUGUGGGAUCUGCUGUACUCCAAAUACAUCACUGAGGAGAAGAGGAGAGAGCUUGUGCAACAGUAAAGGCUGGAUCAAUUACAAUUGACACUUUCUGGAAAUCAUCUGACAAUCAUUCAGAAGCAGACCACAACAACCUCAUCAUCAUCUUCACUUGUCAAAAGCCAACCACCAAAAAAGUAAGUGACAGCAGCACAACAACACACCAUCACCACAAUCACAAAGGCUACUGAUGUUCAAAGCUUCCAUGGAAUCAGAAAAGAUGAUGCUAAUGAGCUGCUUGAAUCAAAAAUCAGAGAGAACCUUUACAAAGAUCUUAGCACUGGAAAAGUCACAGUGACAGAAGUAAGUGAAAUGGAUUCAGUGCGUAAGUACCUUGAGGGGACCAACAGCAUUGCAGGAGUAUACCUCCAGUCCACCAAAGAGACAAUGAGUAUUUCUGACGCCAGAAGCAAACGUUUGCUGACUCCUGGUACCUCUCUGGUCCUGCUGGAGGCCCAGGCUGCCACUGGAUUUGUCAUUGAUCCAGUGAACAACAAGAAACUUUCUGUAGAGGAAGCUGUGGCUGAAGGAGUAGUUGGUAGUGAGUGGAAAAACAAACUGCUUUCAGCUGAAAGGGCAGUUACAGGAUACAAAGAUCCCUACACUGGAAACACAAUUUCAUUGUUCCAGGCCUUGAAAAAGGACCUUAUCGUGAAAGAUCAUGGAAUUCGUCUCCUUGAAGCACAAAUUGCAACAGGAGGGAUAAUUGAUCCAGUGCAUAGUCACAGAGUACCUGUAGAGGUGGCAUACCAAAGAGGUUACUUUGAUGAAGAAAUGAACCAGAUUCUGUCUGACCCUGAUGACGAUACCAAGGGCUUCUUUGACCCCAACACUCAAGAAAACCUCACUUAUCUCCAGCUGGUUGAAAGAUGUGUUAGAGAUCCCAUCACAGGCCUUAGUUUAUUGGUCAUUGUCAAGAAAGGAGAGUUUUAUUUCUUUGUUGACGAGGCAACAAAACUCCAUCUGAAAUCUAAAACAACAACAAAAGCAGGAGGGAAAUAUCAAGGACAAACAGUAUCUCUGUGGGAUCUGCUCUACUCCAAAUACAUCACUGAGGAGAAGAGGAGAGAGCUUGUGCAACAGUACAAGGCUGGAUCAAUUACAAUUGAACACUUUCUGGAAAUCAUCCUGACAAUCAUUCAGAAGCAGACCACAACAACCUCAUCAUCAUCUUCACUUGUCAAAAGCCAACCACCAGAAAAAGUAAGUGACAGCAGCACAACAACAACCACCAUCACCACAAUCACAAAGGCUACUGAUGUUCAAAGCUUCCAUGGAAUCAGAAAAGAUGUCACUGCUAAUGAGCUGCUUGAAUCAAAAAUCAUUGAUGAGAACCUUUACAAAGAUCUUAGCACUGGAAAAGUCACAGUGACAGAAGUAAGUGAAAUGGAUUCAGUGCGUAAGUACCUUGAGGGGACCAACAGCAUUGCAGGAGUAUACCUCCAGUCCACCAAAGAGACAAUGAGUAUUUCUGACGCCAGAAGCAAACAUUUGCUGACUCCUGGUACCUCUCUGGUCCUGCUGGAGGCCCAGGCUGCCACUGGAUUUAUCAUUGAUCCAGUGAACAACAAGAAACUUUCUGUAGAGGAAGCUGUGGCUGAAGGAGUAGUUGGUAGUGAGUGGAAAAACAAACUGCUUUCAGCUGAAAGGGCAGUUACAGGAUACAAAGAUCCCUACACUGGAAACACAAUUUCAUUGUUCCAGGCCUUGAAAAAGGACCUUAUCGUGAAAGAUCAUGGAAUUCGUCUCCUUGAAGCACAAAUUGCAACAGGAGGAAUAAUUGAUCCAGUGCAUAGUCACAGAGUACCUGUAGAGGUGGCAUACCAAAGAGGUUACUUUGAUGAAGAAAUGAACCAGAUUCUGUCUGACCCUGAUGACGAUACCAAGGGCUUCUUUGACCCCAACACUCAAGAAAACCUCACUUAUCUCCAGCUGGUUGAAAGAUGUGUUAGAGAUCCCAUCACAGGCCUUAGUUUAUUGGUCAUUGUCAAGAAAGGAGAGUUUUAUUUCUUUGUUGACGAGGCAACAAAACUCCAUCUGAAAUCUAAAACAACAACAAAAGCAGGAGGGAAAUAUCAAGGACAAACAGUAUCUCUGUGGGAUCUGCUGUACUCCAAAUACAUCACUGAGGAGAAGAGGAGAGAGCUUGUGCAACAGUACAAGGCUGGAUCAAUUACAAUUGAACACUUUCUGGAAAUCAUCCUGACAAUCAUUCAGAAGCAGACCACAACAACCUCAUCAUCAUCUUCACUUGUCAAAAGCCAACCACCAGAAAAAGUAAGGGACAGCAGCACAACAACAACCACCAUCACCACAAUCACAAAGGCUACUGAUGUUCAAAGCUUUCAUGGAAUCAGAAAAGAUGUCACUGCUACUGAGCUGCUUGAAUCAAAAAUCAUUGAUGAGAACCUUUACAAAGAUCUUAGCACUGGAAAAGUCACAGUGACAGAAGUAAGUGAAAUGGACUCAGUGCGUAAGUACCUUGAGGGGACCAACAGCAUUGCAGGAGUAUACCUCCAGUCCACCAAAGAGACAAUGAGUAUUUCUGACGCCAGAAGCAAAGGUCUGCUGACUCCUGGUACCUCUCUGGUCCUACUGGAGGCCCAGGCUGCCACUGGAUUUAUCAUUGAUCCAGUGAACAACAAGAAACUUUCUGUAGAGGAAGCUGUGGCUGAAGGAGUAGUUGGCAGUGAGUGGAAAAACAAACUGCUUUCAGCUGAAAGGGCAGUUACAGGAUACAAAGAUCCCUACACUGGAAACACAAUUUCAUUGUUCCAGGCCUUGAAAAAGGACCUUAUCGUGAAAGAUCAUGGAAUUCGUCUCCUUGAAGCACAAAUUGCAACAGGAGGAAUAAUUGAUCCAGUGCAUAGUCACAGAGUACCUGUAGAGGUAGCAUACCAAAGGGGUUACUUUGAUGAAGAAAUGAACCAGAUUUUGUCUGACCCUGAUGACGAUACCAAGGGCUUCUUUGACCCCAACACUCAAGAGAACCUCACUUAUCUCCAGCUGGUUGAAAGAUGUGUUAGAGAUCCCAUCACAGGCCUUAGCUUACUGGUCAUUGUCAAGAAAGGAGAGUUUUAUUUCUUCGUUGACGAGGCAACAAAACUCCGUCUGAAAUCUAAAACAACAACCAAAGCCGGAGGGAAAUACCAAGGACAAACAGUAUCUCUGUGGGAUCUGCUCUACUCCAAAUACAUCACUGAGGAGAAGAGGAGAGAGCUUGUGCAACAGUACAAGGCUGGAUCAAUUACGAUUGAACACUUUCUGGAAAUAAUCCUGACAAUCAUUCAGAAGCAGACCACAACAACCUCAUCAUCAUCUUCACUUGUCAAAAGCCAACCACCAGAAAAAGUAAGGGACAGCAGCACAACAACAACCACCAUCACCACAAUCACAAAGGCUACUGAUGUUCAAAGCUUCCAUGGAAUCAGAAAAGAUGUCACUGCUACUGAGCUGCUUGAAUCAAAAAUCAUUGAUGAGAACCUCUACAAAGAUCUUAGCACUGGAAAAGUCACAGUGGAAGAAGUAAGUGAAAUGGAUUCAGUGAGUAAGUACCUUGAGGGGACCAGUAGCAUUGCAGGAGUAUACCUCCAGUCCACUGAAGAAACAAUGAGCAUUUAUGAGGCUAAAAGCAAAGGUCUGCUGACUCCUGGUACUCUGGUCCUGCUGGAGGCCCAGGCUGCCACUGGAUUUGUCAUUGAUCCAGUGAACAACAAGAAACUCUCUGUAGAGGAAGCUGUGGCUCAAAGAGUGGUUGGCAAUGAGUGGAAAAACAAACUGCUUUCAGCUGAAAGGGCAGUUACAGGAUACAAAGAUCCCUACAGUGGAGACACAAUUUCAUUGUUCCAGGCCUUGAAAAAGGAUCUUAUUGUAAAAGAUCAUGGAAUUCGUCUCCUUGAAGCACAAAUUGCAACAGGAGGAAUAAUUGAUCCAGUGCAGAGUCACAGAGUACCUGUAGAGGUAGCAUACCAAAGAGGUUACUUUGAUGAAGAAAUGAACCAGAUUCUGUCUGACCCUGAUGAUGAUACCAAGGGCUUCUUUGAUCCCAACACUCAAGAGAACCUCACUUAUCUCCAGCUGAUUGAAAGAUGUGUUAGAGAUCCCAUCACAGGCCUUAGCUUACUGGUCAUUGUCAAGAAAGGAGAGUUUUAUUUCUUCGUUGAUGAGGCAACAAAACUCCGUCUGAAAUCUAAAACAACAACCAAAGCAGGAGGGAAAUAUCAAGAACAAACAGUAUCUCUGUGGGACCUGCUCUACUCCAAAUACAUCACUGAGGAGAAGAGGAGAGAGCUUGUGCAACAGUACAAGGCUGGAUCAAUUACGAUUGAACACUUUCUGGAAAUCAUCCUGACAAUCAUUCAGAAGCAGACCACAACAACCUCGUCAUCAUCUUCACUUGUCAAAAGCCAACCACCAGAAAAAGUAAGGGACAGCAGCACAACAACAACCACCAUCACCACAAUCACAAAGGCUACUGAUGUUCAAAGCUUUCAUGGAAUCAGAAAAGAUGUCACUGCUACUGAGCUGCUUGAAUCAAAAAUCAUUGAUGAGAACCUCUACAAAGAUCUUAGCACUGGAAAAGUCACAGUGACAGAAGUAAGUGAAAUGGACUCAGUGCGUAAGUACCUUGAGGGGACCAACAGCAUUGCAGGAGUAUACCUCCAGUCCACCAAAGAGACAAUGAGUAUUAUGACGCCAGAAAGCAAAGGUCUGCUGACUCCUGGUACCUCUCUGGUCCUACUGGAGGCCCAGGCUGCCACUGGAUUCAUUGAUCCAGUGAACAACAAGAAACUUCUGUAGAGGAAGCUGUGGCUGAAGAGUGUUGGCAGUGAGUGGAAAAACAAACUGCUUUCAGCUGAAAGGGCAGUUACAGGAUACAAAGAUCCCUACACUGGAAACACAAUUUCAUUGUUCCAGGCCUUGAAAAAGGACCUUAUCGUGAAAGAUCAUGGAAUUCGUCUCCUUGAAGCACAAAUUGCAACAGGAGGAAUAAUUGAUCCAGUGCAUAGUCACAGAGUACCUGUAGAGGUAGCAUACCAAAGAGGUUACUUUGAUGAAGAAAUGAACCAGAUUUUGUCUGACCCUGAUGACGAUACCAAGGGCUUCUUUGACCCCAACACUCAAGAGAACCUCACUUAUCUCCAGCUGGUUGAAAGAUGUGUUAGAGAAUCCCAUCACAGGCCUUAGCUUACUGGUCAUUGUCAAGAAAGGAGAGUUUUAUUUCUUUGUUGACGAGGCAACAAAACUCCGUCUGAAAUCUAAAACAACGACAAAAGCCGGAGGGAAAUACCAAGGACAAACAGUAUCUCUGUGGGAUCUGCUGUACUCCAAAUACAUCACUGAGGAGAAGAGGAGAGAGCUUGUGCAACAGUACAAGGCUGGAUCAAUUACGAUUGAACACUUUCUGGAAAUAAUCCUGA